CAAUCAUGACCUUGAUUGCUGUUAAAAGCGAACUUUCAAAACUCGACAUAUGUAGGCACUCGUAAACAAAUGGUUAAGGGGAUUGCUGUCCUUUUUGAAUAUGAAACGCCAAAACUUGUACAGAUUUCCAACAUUAAAAUUGGAGUUACUCAACGCCUACUUCAAUUGGUUAUUCUUAUAUAUGUCGUUUGCUGGGUUAUGAUUUAUGAGAAGGGAUAUCAAGAGAAUGAUAUAGCUAAAAGUGCAGUCACGACUAAAGUAAAAGGUGUUGGCUUUACAAACUUUUCUCAUAUCCCGGGGAUCGGGAUACGGAGUUGGGACGUGGCGGAUUAUAUAGUACCACCUUUAGAAAAUAAUGCACUGUUUGUAAUCACCAACUUGGUUAAAACUGAACGUCAGUCACUUUCUAAGUGCCCGGAGAGUUCAUGGGUCCCUGAGGCAGCUUGUUAUAAAGACUCGGACUGUAAACCCUACUUUAUUACCCAUCUUGGUAAUGGUGCUCAUACAGGCAAAUGUAUCAUUAAACCAGGGAAUGAUAUUGGAUCAUGUGAAAUAUAUUCUUGGUGUCCAUUAGAAAAUGAUACUUUACCGCUUGGUAAAAAAUCAUAUUUAUUCCCAAUGGUUUAUAAUUACACACUACUUAUCAAAAAUGAUAUAAAUUUCGAAAAAUUCGGUAUACAUCGACGAAAUAUUCAAAAUUGGGCAUCCAAAAAAUUUCUUCGUACAUGUUUAUAUAAUAAAACUGAUCCAGAAAAUCGAUUUUGUCCAAUAUUUCAGUUUGGUACUAUAUUUGAAGAAGCUAAUGUAGACCAAUCAAUAUUUAUUAGUGGUGGUGUAAUCGGGAUUGAUAUCGAUUGGAAAUGUGAUCUUGAUUGGGAUGUUCAAUAUUGUAAUCCAACUUAUUCAUUUCGACGAUUAGAUGAUGCAAAUGCUAAAAUAGCUUCAGGAUUUAAUUUUCGUUAUGCUCAUUUUUACAGUGAAAAUGGAACUAACUAUCGAGAUUUGAUAAAAGCUUAUGGUAUAAGAUUUGUUAUUCAUGUUAGCGGUGAAGCUGGUAAAUUUCAUCUUCUCCCAUUGACAAUGAAUAUUGGUUCAGGUUUAGCUUUACUCGGUUUGGCGCCAACUGUUUGUGAUAUAAUCGCAUUAAAUCUUUUAAGAUCAAGAGAUAUUUAUCAACGUGCAAAAUUUGAAACAAUCGCUGAAGAACAAGCUCAUUUAUCUAGUCGUCGUGCUGAUAAAGCACAACGUAAAAAAUAUGGUUUAUCUAAACGGAAUACAGAUACAGUAAAUGAAAAUUCAGAUGAAAAUGGUAAAAUUAUACAAUGGAAAGAUGAUCAAGAAUUUAUAGUAAAUGAUACACAAACUAUACAUUCAUCAACAUAAUUAUUGAAUCAUUGUAAAUUCAAAUGGAAACGGUACGUUUUCUUCUUGUUGUUGUUUUUCUCUCUAAAAUGGUCUCACUUAUCUUACAUGAAACUGUUGAAACAUUGAAAGACAAUGUAAUCGAAGCUAUGAAGUAUAUAUACAUAUAUAUAAGAUAGGAUCAGUUCCUUCAAUCUUCAUUCAUAUUUUCUUUAUUAUUAUUCACUCAUACAUAUUUAACGUUAGUUCAAAUUAUAUCUUAACUUCUUUAACUAUUGGUGGUUAUGCUUUUGGUUUUUUAAAACUUCCAAUGUGACACAUGACAAUCGUUUACAUUUUUAACAUCUACAUUCAUAUUUGUUUACAGACUAUUACUAACAUUCAGUAAAAGUAAAUAAGAACUUUCGUCUAAAUUUGAACGAAUAGUUUCAGUAAAAGGAUUAACAUACAUGAAAAGUUAUAUCAUACUUUUAGAUCUGUUGUAAAUGUUUACAAAUUUUCAUUAAUUAUUGUCAUUUGUCUGCUUUGAAUGUGUUCCCUUUUGUUUUGUCUUGUUCUCUUAUUGUUUUUUCUAUUUUGUAUUCAACAAUUUCUAUUCGAUUAUCUGUUUUUAUUUAUAAUAAAUUAAUGUAAUUCAUUCCUGUUAUAAAUUAUUUGUUGAGAAUGAACAACAAUGCAUUUCCCUCAGCAACCACUAUCCACCCCCACCCCGUCAAAAAAACACAACGAAAACAAAAAUGGAUCCAUUUCAUCGGAAUGUGAAAAUAUAUUCAAAUAUCAAUUGGUUACUAUUAUCUUAGCGCGCGAAAAAAAGGAGUUUGAAAACAACCAGUAUUUUAACAUUUAUAUACUUCAAUUUAAAGUUAAUGAGAAACUUUUUUCUUAAAUGAUAAACCAACAAAUUGGAACUAUCCAGUUGAAAUUUUUACUAUGUUCACUUUGAUGUAACUUUAUUCUGUUUGUUUGGUGGAAGAAUAUAAUUUGCGAUGUUUGUUUUCCUCUCUCUCUCUCUCUCUUAAUUCCUUAGUCUUUUUUUAUUAUAAAAUUAUUUUACAAACAUUAUCUAUGAUAAUCUUAAUGUAUUAUGCAUUUGUCAAAAGUACACAUCUGUGAAUUAUUUUAAGUAUAUAUACAUAGUCUAAAUCAUGAAAUAAUCUUAGCUAGAACACUACUGAAAACCUGAAAACUUUGGACGGACGUUUCAUCUUCGUAUGAGACUCCUAAAAAGUGAAUAUCCAGGAAUCUACCACGGGGAAUCGAACCUAGAACUUUCGGUCUGUCAUGCAAAUGUUUGACCUUUGGACCACUAAUCUGAUAUCUGGUGGUGUGAGUGUUCGGCUUAAAUCAACUCAUGAUAUUGCACAACCUUCAUCUAUCGUCUACAAUAGAUAACAUUAUCACAUCGGACAUGGUUGAACUCUAUUGGUCACAGCUUCGUACUAGAUUUCCUGGAGUUACAUCUUGAAGCUAGUGAGCACAUGAUUAUUUUUAGUAUUUAUGUAUAUGUUACGUGUUUUCUAUACAUAAUUCUUAUUCGAAA